AGCGUAUGCGAGGGAGAGAGGCUGGGAGGGAGGAGGGAGGGAAGGAGGGAGGGAGGAGGGAAAGCGCCGCCGCUUCCUCCCGUCACUAAAGCAAUAACCUAUUAGGAUUUCUUUUUUUGAUUUUUUUUGAUUUUUUUUUUUUUGGGCAACUGUCACCCCAGAGCUAAAGAGGGAGAAGCACCGUCAGACCAACUCUUGCCAUUUCCAGUCAGAAGUUGCAGACUUCAUGUAGCUGCCUCUGCUCUGCCGAGAGAGAGGGACGGGAAUGGUGUGCAGUGCAGAGUGGAAAAUACCCCCGCUCUCAGAAGUGCACCGGAUUUUUCUCUUGCUGUUUGUUUGGGUUGUUGCGUGCACGUUAGGCACCCAAAGGAUCACCGCUUCACAGGAAUGAAACGUGGAGAGGAUGACUAACGACAGAACUGUGAAUUUGUUCCCUGGAGUUGAUAAUUUGCCACCCCGAAGCAACACAUAUCUCAAGGAGGAAGCGUUUGGCUGCUGCUGAUUUCUCCAAAACUGGUUUACCAGAUGCAUUGUGCUGUAUCUGCUGGAACAGAUCAUUGCUUAGCUGCAGCAGAUCGUCAAAGGUAGACAACUAACUGAUGUCUCCAAAUAAGAAAUGAGAUGUAAUGCAUCCUGCAGUCCAUGCAUGCCUCCUCUUGCAAAUCGCGCAUCAUUCCUCUCUGGAAACCUUUAAGUCCUAAAAUCCGUGGAAAGAGAAUAAAAACAUUAUCAUGGACCUGAGGGAUUUUUACCUGUUGGCCGCUUUGAUUGCCUGUUUAAGGCUGGAUUCUGCUAUAGCUCAAGAACUUAUUUACACUAUUAGAGAGGAGCUGCCUGAAAACGUGCCCAUAGGGAACAUACCAAAGGACCUGAACAUUUCUCAUAUCAAUGCUGCCACAGGGACCAGUGCCAGCCUUGUCUACAGAUUGGUGUCUAAAGCAGGGGAUGCACCUCUGGUCAAAGUGUCCAGUAACACGGGGGAAAUCUUUACAACAUCUAACAGAAUAGACAGAGAAAAACUAUGUGCUGGAGCUUCCUAUGCAGAAGAAAAUGAGUGUUUCUUUGAACUUGAAGUGGUGAUUCUCCCCAAUGACUUUUUUAGGCUGAUCAAAAUAAAAAUCAUUGUAAAGGAUACUAAUGACAAUGCGCCUAUGUUUCCAUCCCCUGUCAUCAAUAUCUCCAUCCCAGAAAACACUCUGAUCAACAGUCGCUUUCCAAUCCCAUCAGCAACAGAUCCUGACACAGGUUUCAAUGGUGUGCAGCACUAUGAGUUGUUAAAUGGACAGAGUGUCUUUGGACUGGAUAUUGUAGAAACUCCAGAAGGGGAGAAAUGGCCUCAGCUGAUUGUGCAGCAGAACUUGGACAGAGAGCAAAAGGACACCUAUGUGAUGAAAAUCAAAGUGGAGGAUGGAGGUACCCCCCAGAAAUCCAGCACAGCUAUCCUGCAAGUCACAGUAAGUGAUGUCAAUGAUAACAGACCAGUCUUUAAAGAGAGUCAAGUAGAGGUCCAUAUACCAGAGAAUGCCCCUGUAGGCACCUCUGUAAUUCAGCUUCAUGCUACAGAUGCUGAUAUAGGAAGCAAUGCAGAAAUCAGAUAUAUUUUUGGUGCCCAAGUCGCCCCUGCAACCAAAAGAUUUUUUGCUUUAAACAACACCACAGGGCUGAUUACAGUUCAGAGGUCCUUAGAUCGAGAAGAGACUGCUAUUCACAAAGUGACAGUGCUGGCUAGUGAUGGUAGCUCUACACCAGCCCGGGCAACUGUCACCAUCAAUGUCACUGAUGUAAACGAUAACCCUCCUAACAUAGACCUCAGGUACAUAAUAAGUCCCAUCAAUGGCACAGUGUACUUAUCUGAGAAAGAUCCCAUCAAUACAAAGAUUGCCCUAAUUACGGUUUCAGAUAAGGACACUGAUGUGAAUGGCAAAGUGAUCUGUUUCAUUGAGAGAGAGGUCCCCUUCCACUUGAAAGCAGUUUACGACAACCAGUAUUUGUUAGAGACCUCUUCCUUGUUGGACUAUGAGGGCACCAAAGAAUUCAGCUUUAAAAUUGUGGCUUCUGAUUCUGGCAAGCCCAGCUUGAACCAGACUGCCCUGGUAAGAGUUAAGCUGGAGGAUGAAAAUGACAACCCUCCGAUUUUCAGCCAGCCUGUAAUUGAGCUGUCAGUUUCUGAAAACAACCGGCGUGGUCUAUACUUAACAACUAUUAGUGCCACAGAUGAAGACAGUGGGAAAAAUGCAGACAUUGUUUAUCAGCUUGGUCCUAAUGCCUCCUUUUUCGAUCUGGAUCGAAAGACAGGAGUUUUGACAGCCUCCAGAGUUUUUGACAGAGAAGAGCAGGAACGUUUCAUUUUCACUGUUACAGCCCGAGAUAACGGCACCCCUCCUUUGCAGAGUCAGGCGGCUGUAAUUGUUACUGUGUUGGAUGAAAAUGACAACAGUCCCAAAUUUACUCAUAAUCAUUUCCAGUUUUUCGUAUCAGAGAACUUACCAAAGUAUAGCACGGUGGGGGUGAUUACAGUGACUGAUGCAGAUGCUGGGGAAAAUAAAGCAGUGACCCUUUCCAUCCUGAAUGACAAUGAAAACUUUGUGCUGGAUCCGUACUCUGGAGUUAUAAAGUCCAACGUUUCUUUUGAUCGAGAACAGCAGAGCUCUUACACUUUUGAUGUUAAGGCAGUGGAUGGAGGGCAACCUCCUCGCUCUUCUACAGCAAAAGUAACAAUAAACGUGAUGGAUGUUAAUGAUAACAGUCCUGUUGUCAUCUACCCACCUUCUAAUACUUCUUUUAAGCUGGUGCCACUCUCAGCAAUUCCAGGAUCGGUGGUAGCCGAAGUCUUUGCUGUGGAUAUAGACACUGGCAUGAACGCUGAGCUGAAGUACACGAUUGUAAGCGGCAAUAACAAGGGUUUGUUUCGGAUUGAUCCAGUGACAGGUAAUAUAACUCUGGAAGAGAAACCAACUCCUAAUGACGUGGGCCUGCAUCGCUUAGUUGUCAACAUAAGUGAUUUGGGUUAUCCCAAAUCCCUGCAUACUCUUGUGCUUGUAUUUUUAUAUGUAAAUGAUACUGCUGGAAAUGCCUCUUACAUUUAUGACUUGAUACGCAGGACUAUGGAAACCCCUUUGGAUCGGAACAUAGGGGACAGUAGCCAACCCUACCAAAAUGAGGACUAUCUCACAAUCAUGAUCGCUAUCGUGGCGGGUGCCAUGGUUGUCAUAGUGGUGAUAUUUGUCACGGUUCUUGUUCGCUGUCGACAUGCAUCCAGAUUCAAAGCUGCCCAGAGGAGCAAGCAAGGUGCUGAGUGGAUGUCUCCCAAUCAGGAAAACAAGCAAAACAAGAAAAAGAAAAGGAAGAAAAGGAAAUCUCCAAAGAGCUCUCUUUUGAACUUUGUGACCAUUGAGGAGUCCAAACCUGAUGAUGCAGUUCAUGAACCUAUCAACGGGACAAUAAGCCUUCCAGCAGAGCUGGAGGAGCAAAGUAUAGGAAGAUUUGAUUGGGGCACAGCACCACCAUCAACCUUUAAGCCUAACAGUCCUGAUCUUGCCAAGCAUUACAAGUCUGCCUCUCCGCAGUCUGCUUUUCAUCUCAAACCUGACACUCCAGUUUCAGUGAAAAAGCACCAUGUGAUUCAGGAACUCCCGUUGGACAACACCUUUGUUGGUGGUUGUGACACCCUUUCCAAACGCUCUUCCACUAGUUCAGAUCACUUCAGUGCCUCAGAGUGCAGUUCCCAAGGAGGCUUCAAGACAAAGGGCCCCUUACACACCAGACAGGCUGCCUAUGAGUCGAAGAUUGGGAAUGUUGACAACCAGGAGAAUACGGUUCCGGAUAUACUUUUGUCUUCAGGUGGGACAAGAGUGUUGAAUGUGAUGGCACUGAAUUUUGGAGAUAUGCCGAAGUACUUGUGGGAGAUUUGGGUACCUGACAAACCAUGGGUGUCCCAGCGCCGUGUUACAUUUCACCUCCCCGAUGGCUCCCAGGAAAGCUGCAGUGACAGUGGUCUGGGAGACCACGAGCCAGUGGGUGGUGGAACCCUGAUCUCACACCCUCUCCCUCUGGUUCAGCCGCAGGACGAAUUCUACGACCAGGCUUCUCCGGACAAGAGGACUGAAGCUGAUGGCAAUUCUGACCCCAACUCGGAUGGGCCUCUUGGUCCACGAGGAUUAGCUGAAGCUACAGAGAUGUGUACUCAAGAAUGCCUGGUUUUGGGUCACUCAGACAACUGUUGGAUGCCUCCUAGCUUGGGCCCAUACCAACAGCCAAAGUCUCCUCUCUCCACCUUUGCACCUCAGAAGGAAUGGGUUAAGAAGGACAAACUAGUUAAUGGACACACAUUGACCAGGACCUGGAAAGAAGAUAGCAACAGAAACCAGUUCAAUGAUCGAAAGCAGUAUGGUUCCAGUGAGGGCCACUUCAACACUGGCAACCACAUCACUGACAUUCCUUUGGCCAACUUGAAGUCUUAUAAACAGGCCCCAGGAUCUGUGGAGAGUCCAAAGGAGCACCAGCUAUAAGAAAUGGUUACUUUGGACCAAUGACUUUAGCUUACUUAGACUUGCUAAUACUAUGUGUGUGUCAGAGCUUUAUGUACUGGGUAGACCUCUAGAACUAUGCUUCACCUAGCAGAGAUAUGCAUAUCUUUAUGUUAGCACCGUGGAAGGUAUGAUGUCCUGCAACAUGAAAGAGUGUUUCUACUAGUUGUGUGGUUUUGUUAAAUAGACAUGAUUAAAGUCUGCAGAGAUCUCUCCAGUUUGAAAAUAUACUUUUUUGUUUCUUUGUUUUUUUGACCCUGGACUGCUGCUAUGAACAAAAGAAGAUGCAUUUGGAGCGUGAGAGAGUGCGAAAGCUCAGCGGAUUGCAAAGAUUGAAAAGCAUAUCCAGUUAGAAAAUUGUGCUUUUGUUGUCAUUGAUCUAUGCUGGGACUGUUAUACUUGAGAUCAUAUUGCAAGCAAUUGAAGCUGUAAACAUUAAACCUAUUGUGCUAUUAACAAUGUUAGUGGACACUUGUAAGUCAAUCAGCGUUCAAAUACUUGUAAAUAGCAACAAUUAUUACUUACGAUUUUUGUGUACUUAUAAUGUUCACUUGAAAAGAUACUGUAGCAUAUUUCUGUGUUUCACAGUUGCUUUUUAAUUUCUUUCAUUUGCUUUCUUGUUUUGCUUUUAUUUUCAGUGAUGGUGUUUCUGUGUUAGUAGUCUGUCUGACACACAAUGUUCCAAGAAACUUAAGCCGCUUGUAUUAAAAGUGAAAAAAGUGAAAAAAGGAAGAAAGGUUGUUUGUAGAAAAGGAAAAACCCCUUUUUUCUAUGUAGUAGCAAAUGAUGCCAGCAUUCAGUUAGAAUUUCUUCUUUUUUUCUAUUUUUUUUUAAAUUUAAUAUUAAGAAAUGAAAGGACUUGUGUAAGGGCUUAAAAGUGUAGCAAUUUUUUGUUUAAUUUCCAUUCUGUUCAUAAAACAGGGAAAUUGCAAAACAGAAGAAUAUUUAAAUGUGUGGUGGGUGGGCAAGGGAGAAGGCUAUUUGUUUGGGAUCCUUGAGCAAAUUACUUAUAGUCCGUCAUUUAAUGAGUGGUAGCUGAUGUUGAUCCCAGCUGAAAUACGUGGGGGAAAUUCUGCAGGAGCAAAAUACAAUAAUAAUGUUUUUCCAGUUGGGCAGGUGUGUGUCUAUAUCUAAGACAGUUUGUAUUGCUGAAACAGCAGCAUUUGUGUUGAUCUUCAUCUGCGUUAACGUUGUAGUAACACGAGUGUUUUUAGACCAUAGCCACAGAAUAUUUAAUGUGUUGUGCCUUCAUGAUGUAACAGAGCAUUCUCCUGGUAGGCUAGUUGGGGGAACUAAAGGGUUAAAUCUCUAAUUAUUGCUGUUUAGCUGUUUGUUAUCAUAGUUGGUCAAUGCCUGGCAGGUACCAGUAUCAUGUCACCUCAGCCAAAUCAGCAGAGUGACUCCUAAUGUUAGUAAGAUCUAAGUUGCACGCAAAGCAAAUCCAAAUCCAAAACAUUUUUAGAUGGUUUUUGUUAAGGCAUGAAAGAUGAUUUACACAAAUAAAUAGCAUGCAAAAAAGUCCUUACAGAAAAAAAGCAAGUUACUUAUGCCACAGUGAAACAUCAGUCUUAAAGUAACAUAAAGUAACAAAUUUAGCUAAUCUGAAGGUGAUUUUAUUUUUAACAAAAAAACAGAAUCUUUUUGUUUCUUUCUUUAUUAUUUUGUAUAUAGCAAUUUGCAUUUAUUUUUAUCUCCACAGUACAAAAGGCUUAAAAAUGGGUUAGGGGUGCAUUGCUUAUUGCAGUACUUAUGUCAGUUUGUGAGGGGUGUUUGAUGACUUUGACAGAAUAAAUAUCUAACCAGUUAUCCUUGUUACUGCUUUGCCAGUUCAACAUUAUUUAGUUAUUCAGCUUUUGCAAUAAAUGUUCUGAAUUUCUGAUUGUGUUGUGUUAGUUCUUGGGCAGAUUCCUAAGGGACUUUAUUCCUGCUAAUUUCUCUUUCCUUUUGUUAUUUUUGGUUGAUUUGUUUCUUUGCUUCAUUCUGAAUUUCUGAGUUAUUUUUUGAAGCAUACCAUGGUCCAUUAAGUUCAUAUGUAUCUAUAUGUGUAGGACUGGAGUAUACAGCAAAUGAUAAAACCUGAGGGCUAUAUUCUGGCAUUCCUGUGUAAGUAGGCACUUAUUAAAAAUUAGUUAUUUGACUUGAGUAAAGUUUUAUUUACUCAGUUCAAGGAUGACAGAAUCUAGCCUGCAUUUGUUAGGCCUACAUAGGCAUAUGGAAUUAGCAUCCUUGCAUGAAUCUCUGUAAAAGUACAGGAGUAGCAUAUAGGAAGUACAGCACUUGCCACACUUUGAUCUUUCUUUUGAAAGUAGAAUUAAGUCAUAUCAAAAUACAGUAAAUUCUUUCCUACAAGGAAAAUUUGAGUAGUUGCAUAAUAAUUUUUGUUGCAGCACAGGUAAAAAAACAAACAAAACAAAAGAAAAUGCUGAACAACCUUGAAAAAUAUGUAUUAAUAAGAGCACCUAUUUUUGAACAUGCUGAGUUUCAAAGCAGAGAUGCACUGAGUUCUAUAUUAAAACCAAAAAUACAACAAUUAUUUGAAAACUCAAAUAGCCCCAACCGGUUUAAAUUACAAAUGCCUUUUUAAACAGAAUAUAUUUGAAAAUAUUUCUAUCAUGUGUAGAAAAUAAAAUAAGUGAUUGUUGCUGCAAAAAGAGAACUAUAGUCUGUUUCAACCUUCAAUACUUUGUCCUAUUAUCAACCUGUGCAGGAGCUAAAACAAAUUGGUUCAAUUGCUAGGCAGGUGAAAAUUUUCUUAUCUAAUUUUCUCAAAUUCUGUGCAAUUUUAGAAUUUUAAGACCUUACCCAGCUUUGAAAAGGUUAUUAAAUAAAAAAGACGGGAGAAAUAGAAAGUUGAGAAAGAAAAAAAAAAAGAGAGCAAGAGAGAAAGAAACAGGAGGGAAGGAGAGAAGGAGAGAAGGAGAGAAGGAGAGAAGGAGAGAAGGAGAGAAGGAAGGAGGGAAGGAGGGAAGGAGGGAAGGAGGGAAGGAAGGAAGGAAGGAAGGAAGGAAGGAAGGAAGGAAGGAAGGAAGGAAGGAAGGAAGGAAGGAAGGAAGGAAGGAAGGAAGGAAGGAAGGAAGGAAGGAAAUAUCUGCAGCACUGAGAACUGCAUCUUAAUUCCAUUUAAGCUAAAUUAAUGUUUCCCAGAUGUUUCCACAGAAUUUAAAUUUGGCCCUAAACAUGUAUUUAGUAAGUGCCAUUCAUUUGCAACCAUUUGGUUGGCUCAAUCAGUAGUAGUACUACUAUUGUCUAAGACUCAGGAAAAAAAAAAAGGAAAAAAAAAGAAAAAAAUAAAAACCCUUCAGGAAUUCUGUGAUAUCUCAGAUGAGGACCUUUAAAAAAAAUUAAAAUCCCACUGCACCCAAAGAGAUGACAGCUGAGUAUUGGUGACUAUUCAAUUUUACUAUCUUUGAGGCUAAAUAUUGCUUAAAAUUAUUCAUAACCUGUCAUGUUACAGAUGCCUCUCUGAAGUGAGCUCUGCCUUUUUUGCUUUCCUUCAGACAGUGUCCUUUAUUUAUUUAUUUAGUAAUGCACACACUUAAAAGGCUGCUAAAAAUGUUUGCCAGAUAUUUUUUUCAUUUUUCAUAUUUUUGUUGUCACUGACCAAAUCCCUUAGUCCAAACAGAAAAUUGAAAGUAUGCAUAGGCAUAGUUACUUAGUCCUACUUAUUCUGAUGCUGUGCCAAUUCUUACUAAAGACAGAACCACUUAAAAAUAAUCAACAAAAAACCAUAAAAACAACAGAGAGUUUAGACUUGAACUGUGAAACAUUUUCUAAUGGUUUAAGUAGUGAUGUACUAGAACAGAUUGCCUAGAGAUGGGCUUGGUACUUUGAGGAAUAGAAAGGAAAAGUAGCUAACAACAAUACAUGGGGAUUUUUUGUCAGAGGGAGCAGAUGGAUUAGAUGCCUUCUUGAGAUCCUUAACAGAUGAUUUGACUUGCAGAAAAUGUCACAUCAUGGUAUGACUGAGCCCCACAGCAUGAUAAGGUCAUAUAAAAGAAAAAUCUUAUACUGUAUUUUCUUAGAGAAAUAGGUUAAUAAAUUGCCUACUCAAUGCCCUUUGUUGGAGUUCACUUGGAACUCUGUGGAGCACUGUGUGAAUGCUGACAAAGAAAUAAAUGAAGUAGAAUUAGGAGUAUGCAGUAUACAUCAAUUUUAACAAAUAUAUAUAAAGAAAAUUAUAUUCACAAUCCUUGCUUAAUGUGGUUAUUACCUUAAUGAGUUAUUAUUAAGAUUCAAGAUCAGAAAAAAAUCUUAAGGACUUUAUCAUAGAGUACAGUAAAAUAAUGGAGAAACUUAGGAAACUUUGGAUACAUAAAUGGCACAAAUGCAGGAGAUAUGUAUCUGUGUUAAACAGCCUGAGUGAUAAAGACUAAUGUAGCUGACAUGAGAAAACAAAGAAAUGGGGAAAAGAAGAUUGCAAUAUUGAUCAGAAGUUGAAUCAUGGGAAGUUUUAAGCAAAGGGAAACAUUAGUUGCUUUAAUGAAAUAGAAGAUAUAGUGCAAAUCAUGGAAUGUGGCAGUAGGAGACCCACAGGCCAUAGACUUAUGGCGUCCCAAAGCACACAGGGGUGGGAUCCAGCAGCCUUAGUCUGUACCUCAAAGUAUGUUACAAAAGUAUGCUACAGGCAUGAGAGCACAGCAGUGGAGUCAUAUCCAAUUCAGACAGAAUGACAAGUUUUGACUCCCUAUGACCACAAAAUAUUUACCUGAUUCAGAUUAUAAAACUUUUUAUGGCAUGUAUCCUUGCCAUAAAAACGAACAAAUAAGCAGUAAGAGUUCUCUACAGGACAUGUCCCCACAUGAGCCAGUUAAGACUCUAAAAGCAACUCAGCACUCACAGCUCCUUUUUUCCCAUUUAAUGCACUUCUUUUGUGGAACUGUGUUCCAAAGUCUUGACUUUAAUUAAUUAACAUGCUUGAAAUAAUUUCUGCUGUGAUGAAAAACUCCAAAAAAGGGAUGAGCUCUAGAGCACAGAAAAGCAUUUUAAUAUACAGAGAACAUGAUACAACACAACCCAGAGGUGUAAAUCAGCUCAGUGUACUACAAAUAGUUGAGCUGUAAUGCAAUUAAUGUUAGUUUUAUUAACCUGCAUUGCUCACCCCCUUAGUGGACACAUCCAUCAAAUAUAAUUACCCUCUAAUCUAAAACCACCUCUGACUUUUCCUCUUGUUCCAAAAAGAGACUCUCAUUGGUAGAUGCUUACUUGCAAAAAUUAUGAGAUACAAUGAGAUAUUAUGAGAUACAUGAUACAAUAUUUGUUUCAGUUUAAGUUCUCUAAAAUGUAAUACUUUAUUUAACACAUCUGCUUCUGUUAUAAAAUACUUUAGCAAUAUAUAUGUAUAUAUAAAUGAUGAGAAUCCAUUCUAUACUUUGUUUUCAACCAGUUGAGUUGAAAGUAAGAUUAUAACAUAGAGGGCCAGGCUCUGAUCCUUCAGGGUUUAUUGUACCUCUUACAAACAAAAAUGUCAGGACCCGUACAAUAAUUAUUAACAGAAAUGUCAAGUCCUUUAGUAUAUUAUGGCCAAUAGAGCAGAGCAGUAUAUAAUGCUUUAGAAGAGGUAAACGUGCCAUUUCCAGAUUUUUAAAGCACAAUGUAGUUCACUUAUAAACUGAAAAAAAUGCCAAUAAAUGAAGAAUUACAAGUUUGGGUGGGGGGUGGUUUUGGCUUUUUUGUUGUUGCUGUUUUGUUUUGUUUUGUUUUGUUUUUUACGUUGAUGCAGACACAUCACUUUGCUGGAUAGUAAUAGAACUUAUGUGCUGACAUGUACCCUCAUCCUGCCAAAUAAUCUGCAGCUCUUUUGAGACAUUGAAUGCACUUAAUUUCUUUAGAACACAGCAGUAAGCCUCCUCUUACUGCAGCAGCUCAGAAUUUCACAGAACUGGGUCUGCAGUGAGAAGAGUAUCACAGACAUGUGUGUCAUAUGCUAUGUUUUGAAGCAAGAAUGCUUUUUCUAACUGCAGCAUCUCAUGGUUAGGUAGCAGUUUAUACUUCUACCUAACUGUGCAAUAGCAAAAAUGAGGAUGUUUUUAGCUAUCAGAAAGUAUCUGAAAUUCUCACUGUAUAUUAUGAAAAGAAAGGACUUAAAGAAAGUAAUGUCCCUCAUGUUCAAAAAUAAGUUGUUGUUCUUUCUUUCUUUCUUUUUUUUUUUUUUUGCCACAGCCAUUCUUAAGUCCACCUGUUGUGCCUAGGUAUUGCAACACAUUCUAAUAUUGCAUGGCAUGUAAAUAGAUACCUUAAUUACUCAUAAUGAAAUGAUUAUAUACACAUAUAUAUAUAUAUAUAUUAUAUAUAUAUACAUAAAUAUUAUCAGUCACAUAAUUACUCAGUAUUAUUUAAUGGAAUUUUGGGACUAUGGAUUUUGUUGUUUGAUGUACUUUAAACUGUAUGAAGCAGCAUAUUAUUAAGACUAUCCUCACCAAUGCUUUUGAUUAUUUAUUCAUUAAAUAAAGUGCUUUCUUUUGCUUGUUAUAAUCCUGUUUGUACAACCAUGUGAUAAUGUUAAAAUGGGUAAGUACUGUACGGGAAUUAUAACUGUUUCUUUUCUUGUCUAAAUAUAUACCUAAACCAAUAUUUAUUAGUGAA